AUGGAGUCAUGGUCUGAUGGAGAUGUGUACUGGGGGACAGCAGCUGUGACUGCUGCUGGCGGGCUGUACCGCCUGUGCUGGGCAGGCUUCCAACCUGAUGUUCUGCCAUACGAGCUCGUGGUCAACCGCUCUUUCAAUGGCAGCGGAAAUUUUACACUUGCACAGCUGGUAGGCAACUGGACUAACGCGACUUACAACAUGACCAGGACAAGCGUCCCGGAGUGGCUCGUGGACGUGGGCCGGUUCACCCUACUGGGACCUGCUCCACUUAGCCAAGACUUUACCUGUGCUGCUGGGGCAGCUUGCAACCUUCGCCCAAUCACUGGCUAUUAUCUGGGAUCGCAUGAUGUCUUUGCAGUGCUGGAGACCUGUGGUGAGACUUCGACGGCUGCUGACAGCAUGACAGCAAUGCGCUUUUCGAUUGCAAGUACUGGUGCGUGGCUAGCACCGACUCUACCAGCAGGUAUGUACCGUCUAUGCUGGUGUGCAGAACUGGGUGCGGCAACCUUCAACAUCAGUAGCUACGGCAACUUCAGCCGCAUGUCUUGCAUGCUGCAGCAAGAUUUCCAAGUCGAUGUGGGGCACGUAUCAGUGCAGCCUGCAGCUGCAGCUGAAGAGAAUGUGUCAUCCGAUGCUGUCGCUGCCCCCUUUGUGCCGGUGGUGGAGAGCAACGACACCCAGGUGGUUGUGAGCGGCCCAUGGCCAGUUCCGCAGUACCGCACCUGUGUCAGUGGACAGCGCUGCAGCUUCCUUCUCAUGGGCAUCCAACCUGCUGAUCUGGUUCUGGUCCUCGAUACAUGUGGCUUGCCGUCUGUCAUUCCGAAGUGGCCAGCCGGUGGCCUGAGCCUGCCUGUCGGUGAGAAUGCUACAGUUGAUGCAAACGAAAGCAUCUCUCUUAGUCAGAGGCUGACCUGGGGAGACGGGGCAGUGACAGCAGCAGGAGCUACAUACAGGCUAUGCUGGUGUCCGGCUGGCUCCGCCUGCGACACUUUUGCCAACUUUGCAGUUGACAUAGGCACCGUGGACCUGCUGGGACCACGGCCUGGAGCAACAACCUGCGUUAGUGGACGUGCGUGCUCCUCGCAUGUUCAAGGUCACAUGAUCUCUUCCAACGACACCAUUUGGGCACUUGAAACGUGCGGAGUGCAAGGUCGAAAGUUUGAAUUUACAACCCGUGGUGUGCUGACAAUGCUCACAGGGACCAGCACCGUGCAGAUAGCAAACUCAUUUCUUGUCGGUCUUGGCGGGACCUACAAACUAUGUUGGUGUGGCCCAGGCUGUCCAUGCGCGGACGGCCGCGAUUUCAACACAGAAGCUGGUGAUCUUGUACUGCAGGGUCCAUCUGACGAUCGCCAAGACAGGACAUGCAUUAGUGGCAGAACUUGUGUUGUCGAUGGCGUUCAAGGUCAAGACUUGUCUGACAUGGACGAGUUCCUCAUUCAGGACAGCUGUGGCAGUGAUCAG